GACUGCGUGUUGUCAGCACAUGGUCUUACUAGAUCAGAGACUGAUCUAUUUUAAAAAAAUGCUUCAAAUGUUCAUUUUGUUGUUUUUGUGCUUCAAGACAGGUGCGUUUGGUUCCAGUAGGACUGAAAUGCAGUCAUUCUCAGUGACGGAGGGAGAUUCUGUCACUCUACACAGUGGUGUUACAGAAUUACACACUGGUGAAUUAACAUGGCAUUUCGUAGCUGAUAAGUCUCUAAUAGCUCUAAUAAACAGAGCUUAUCAGGCCUUCUCCACAAUGAAUGGUACUGAUGGGAGAUUCAGAGACAGACUGAAGCUGGAUAAUAACACUGGAUCUCUGACCAUCAUCAACAUCAGAUCUGAACAUGCUGGAGAUUAUGAAGUGCAGAUAUUUUCAGAUAAUACAUCAUCAAAAAGAUUCAGAGUUACAGUCUAUGCUCGUCUGCCUGUUCCUGUCAUCACCAGAAACUUUUCUCAUUGUUCUUCCUCCUCAUCUUCAUCAUCCCAGUAUAAUUGUUCAGUGUUGUGUUCAGUGGAGAAUGUGAGCUCUGUGAGUCUCUCCUGGUACAAAGGAAACAGUUUAUUGUCCAGCAUCAGUGUGUCUGAUCUCAGCAUCAGUCUCUCUCUACCUCUGGAGGUGGAAUAUCAGGAUAAAAACACCUACAACUGUGUGAUCAACAACACCAUCAGCAGGCAGACCACACAUCUGGACAUCAACACACACUGUCAGGCAUGUCCAGAUGAUCUACCUGUAUUUAACAUCGCGUUCCUCUGCGCUGCCCUAUCUCUGCUGAUUGUAGUCAUCAUCGUGAUGUGCUGCAAGAAAUGGAGAAAAACAGGUCAAGAGAGCAAGCGUUCAGCAAAGUGUGAACCUAAAACACGAAAAGUGGUGAGAUCAUUGAUGAAGAUGUUGCAGGACGUGUUGCAGACGAAAUCAGAAAAUACGGAUGCUGUGUAUGAAAAUGUCCCCAAAAACAAAAGCCGGUGAUUGUAUCUUCUGGAGUUGUCAGAACUCAUGCAGUUUUACUUGCACUUUUUGGUUUUCCUUCAAUUUAAUAUUUUGUUUUCAUUCUUUGUAUCUUUUUGUGUUAUUAUCGCUCAUUUUAUUCCAACAGCAUCCA